AUGGCAAGUCUACAAGCCGAACAUCUCAUUGCAUGUGCCACCGCCGACACCGUAGACCUGGGUCCUCCACACCCACCCAAAGAGGAAUCUCUCAAAGCCUUCACAGAAGUAGAACCAGACCUGAAGAAAGAGCUUCUGCACCUAAAACAUACCUAUCUAAGACACGAACCUGAGUAUUUCGCCGCUGUGCAGCAUCUGGCCGACUCAGACCUCACGUCCUUCAACAGCGCGGACCUGGAACUCGUGCGCGUCGCCCAGUCCGCAUACGGGAUUCACUUGUUCGGCAAGAUCCGGAUCCCCGCGAUGCCGGACAGCGGGCCGGCGUAUCUGCACGUGCGAAUUUUUGUGUCGGACGAACCUGCUAAGCUGCACUGUAUCCACACUGAGGAACAGGAGGAACCGGAUGGGACCAAACGGUACCGCGCCAUCUUCACCAAGGCGGAUGACCUUGAAUGGUUUGAUACGUAAGGGAAAUGAGACAGCAGGAGAGAGGAAAGGGAGGAGGCCGUAGUAUGGAGCACCUUUCGAAUCGAUUGUUUCACACAAGAAUGGAACCUGUAGGUCCUUUAGAUCUACAAUUAUGC